CAGGAAGAUAGUGAGAUUGUUGAUUUGAUACCAUUUGAAAGGGAAAUUCAAGCCUUAACAAACUUACGCCAUCGCAACAUCGUGAAAUUUUAUGGAUUCUGCUCUCAUGUCCAACGGUGUUUUUUGGUGUAUGAGUACAUGGAAAGAGGAAGCUUGAGAACAACUUUGAACGAGGAUGAAAGAGCAAAAGAAUUUCAGUGGGACAAGAGGGUAAAUGUGGUCCGAGGAGUUGCGGAUGCAUUGUCCUAUAUGCAUCACGAAUGUUCACCUCCAUUAAUUCAUCGAGACUUGACCAGUAAUAACAUUCUAUUGGAUCGCGAUUAUGAGGCUCAUGUUUCUGAUUUUGGCACUGCAAGGCUAUUGAGGCCAGAUUCAUCAAAUUGGACUAAUAUUGCUGGCACCAUUGGGUAUAUUGCUCCAGAGCUGGCUUAUUCUACAAUUCCUACCGAAAAAUGCGAUGUGUAUAGUUUUGGAAUCGUUGCAUUAGAGACAAUCAUGGGAAAGCAUCCAGGAGAUUAUGUCUUUCGGGAAUGUUCAUUGUUUACCCAAACUGAGUCGCCGAUGCUGUUGAUGGAUGUGUUGGAUCAACGUCUCUCACCUUCUAGACUUCAGCUUCAAGAGGCACAAGACGUGGUCUCGAUCUCCAAGCUAGCAUUUGCGUGCUUGCAAACCGAUCCGCGGCUUCGACCGACCAUGGCACAAGUCUCGUGUGAGCUUCGCGUUCAAGUACCCCUGGAAAUACCACUCUCUGCAGUCAACUUAGAGCAACUUCGCGAUCUUAGUGUAAGGAAAUUUGGAGCAUUCGCAGUAGAUGGUGAGUUUUGAAUUUACUUUCCACCUGUUAGUUUGUUUGGUUCGAAAUAAUGAUGACCAUUGCCUUUUAAAUAUCUUCUUAGUUCUCAAUCAUCCCAACCAUGUGAUUUAUGAUUUUCACUGCAAAGCCAGCUUCUCCUUGAACGUUACAGAAAAAGUGCGAUGUUUAUUGUUUAGAGUCGUGGCACCAUAAAUAAUAAUGG